AUGGAAGUCGAGGGCACUAAGGAACGGGCGCGGGGAGUGACGACGUUCACACGCGCUGAUCUUGAACUGAGGGAGGCUGCGGAGGAUCAUCGUGCUCUUUUGGCAGAACCGUGGGCCAGCCACGCCUUGAGAAAAGGCUAUUCAGGGAGAGAAGAACAUACAAAGUGGAUAACGGAGACAUGGGAGGCGUUCGAGAGGCGAAAAGAGGAUCAAAAAUUGUAUCUUGAGCGUCAUGAUUUGUGCUUGCAGUAUAAGGCUGCGCAGCUUUCUGAGACUCGAAGAUUGUCGGAGCAAAAAAGUGCUGCUCUUGUAGAGAAGAUGAUGGCAUUGGAAGCCGCACGAAAAGGUGCAUUACUACAAUCUCGGCACUUUCUCUUUGUCGACUAUUACGACUAUCAGCAAUUUUUGUUUCGCAAUCAGCGUUCCUUUGUGGAAGAUGAGGAAAAAUUGCUGCGCUGCAAACUUUCCGAGACAGAAGAUGAUUUGAUGUGCUUGCUGGUGAUACAAUGGCACUUGAGUAGCCACCUCCAUGCAGCUCGGGAAAAGGAGCGUGUAGAAGAGGAGGCUGCUGCUGAGCGACUGCGGGAGUUUCAAUACCGGCAGAAGUUGGAGGAAGAAAGGCUGCGCGAGGAACAGCGGAUUGCACAGGAAAAAGAAGCCUCACAGGCCGAGAAGGAGCAAGCGGAGCUUGAGAAGCGUCUCGAGCGCAAGAGGCGAGAUGCGGAACGGCGUGCAAAAGUGCGAGCCGAACGAGAGCAGCGAAGAGCUCAGGAAUGA